AUCGCGCGAUCUUCCAGGGAGCACAACAACCGCCCGACCGGGUCUACGGACUUCUGAAACGCUCCUUAACUUCUAUUCUUCGACCUCGCCCUGCCUUUACCCGCACGCGCUACUUACCGCGUCUAAUUUCUUCGCUUCGUCAUCCACUUACCGCCAACCGCCAAACACCAUGUCCCGCGGUAACCAGCGCGAGAAGGCCCGUGAGGCUAACCUCAAGAAGCAAGCUGCUCAGAAGAAGGUCAACACCAAGAGCGGCACUGAGAUGCAGCGCGAUAAGGAAGCUGUCGCCGCCCUCAUGAGGGCCAAGCAGGCCGCCGCCGAUGCGAAGAGGGCUGCUGAGGCUGCCAAGAAGAAAUAAACGGCCAUCUCAAACAGUCCAACUACCCACGUGGUUGGAGGAGAUACGAAUCUGAUCAACGGGAACUCGUCUUUCUCGCUGCGCGAUUAUCUUUGUUUACCUCAUCCCCAUAGUCGACAGCGACUAUAAGCAGUUGCGGGGAUGCCCCCGUGUCUAUCAGACCGGGAUCGGUCUUUCCAUCCAUCUUUAUACCGUUCGG